AUGCUUGUGAUGGACCUAAGUGUAGAAACACUAAAGAGACAGAUGAACUGCUCCAAUCACCAGGCAGAUCCAGGCAGGUCAUCAGGCCUGGACAGGACCAAACUGAUCAAUCUGGCAUAUCUGUUGGGCAGUGAUUACACUGAAGGCAUUCCAGGAGUGGGAUACGUUACAGGGAUGGAGAUCCUCAACGAGUUUCCUGGUGCUGGUUUAGAGCCUCUUGUUCAACUCAGUAAGUGGUGGACUGAAGCACAGGAGAAUAAGAAGUUGGUUGCCAAUUCCAAAGACACAAAGGUGAAGAAGAAACUGAGGAAUCUUCAGCUUCAUCCUGGUUUCCCAAACCCUGCUGUGGCUCAGGCUUACCUGCAGCCCACCGUCGACCAAUCAGACGCCUCGUUCGGCUGGGGCCACCCACACCUGGAGCUCAUCAAAGAAUUCUGUCAGAGCCGCUUCGGAUGGAGCAGCAGAAAAACUGAAGAAACGCUACAGCCAGUGCUAAAACAGCUUCAGUCUCAACAGACGCAGCUGCGCAUCGAUUCGUUCUUUCGUCUGGAGCAGCAGGAGAGGCAGUCGAUCCAUAGCCAGCGUCUGCGCAGAGCCGUCACCUGCCUCAAGAGAAAAGAGGAAGAGGAGGAGCAAGAAAGCUCUCCAUCUAAGAAGGGCAGGAACGGGGCCUCACAGCCGGACGGGGCCCCUGCUACCGCGGGGCCGUUAGUGGGAGGAUUCAUAGGGUCAGUGAUUCAUCUAAACUCACCUGCAGACACACUGGACGAGACGAGAGGCGGAGUCAUGUCUCUGAUGUCAUCGAGGGCGGAGUCAAGCAGCUCCAGCUCAGAGGAUGAUGCUGAAUAUGGGAAGGGGGUCGCUAUGGUUACAGCACGUUCUGUGUUUGAGGGGAAAACGAGAGGAAGAGGGAAACGAGGAGGAAGAGGAAGGAGCCAAAACAGAUUAUGAUAAACACAUACAAAACAUACUUACUGAUGCCAUUAGAUAUGCAGAGUGAGUUUACAUGUGAAAUGGUGUCCUGUUUUUCACUGAGCAGAUUUUAUAAACUAUGAGCUGUAUAAUUAACAUACUGUGUGAUCAUUUGAGAAAUGCCAACAUGAAAUCAUGUCAAAUUACCAAAAAAAAACAAAACAUUCAACUUCAUCAGAACAGAUCUAUCAGCCUUCCAGAUAUUUAUGGUUCAUCAACAUCUCAGGUCUAUUGCUAUUUUUCUAUUUCUAUUUUUUUUUUUUUACCAAUUUGCA